ACGUCCACUUUGCUUAAUUAAGCGGUAUGCUUUGUUUAAAGAAAAUAUUCUCUUCAAUUUUCUCGUUGGAUUUUCCUUUUCUCUCCCAUAUGCCCCGCGAUUUUCCUCUGUGUUUUCUUCGUUGAUCUGGAAACCCGUUUCAAAAUGAAUCAACAAUUAGGUUCUCGCAUAGUUUCUUGUCUUUCAAACUCACGCUUGUCUCUCUGUCUCUUCGUUCUUUUUGGUUGAGUAAAAGGACAUAGGGAUAAUUACAUACCUUUUGGUCAACGAUGACUCGUCUCUUGACGAAAGCACCGCCGGUGAAACGGAGGACAGCAGCGCUUUCGAUAUCGAAGGACUCGAAGAUGGCCAAGAAAGGGAAGAAAUGCGGGGAAGUAAUGGGUGUCACCGCCGCGGAGUGCACGGCGGUGUGUUGCUGUUGUCCAUGUAGUAUCAUAGAGCUGCUUGUUUUGGCCUUUUAUAAGAUUCCCGCUAGGCUUUGCAAGAAGGUUUUGAGAUGGAAGAAGCGACAUCUGAUGAAGAAGAAGAAGAAGAAUCAACAAGAUUUGUUGGGCCCGACUAAAUGCAGGCCCACAGGGGAGGAAUUGGAAGCUGAACUCGACCACAUGAUGGGGAAAGGUGAGCCAUGUGACUGUGGCGUUGAUAAUCAUGAUGAUUCCUGCGCCAGAGCCGUUGACUUUGAACAGAAAAUGUGGGACCGUUUUCGUGGGGCUGGAUUUUGGAGGAGUCCUUCGCAAAGAGAAGAAACACCAAACUAAAACGGGACUCCUAUUUUAUUAAAUCAAAAGGUUUUCAUUUUAUUUUUUUCCCUAUUUCCCUAAUUGUUUUAGUGAUUUAAUUAAAUUGCAAAUUGCGUAUACGCGCAUUUAUUUGUUA